GAAAGGAAGAGAACAAAAUAAGGAUAACUUUGACGUUUUGUGUGAAAAAAGGUGUUGUGCAAGUGCAUAGAGUAGAAAAAAUGGAAAUCGAAGCCGACUCUCAAAAAUGUGUUUUGGAUUUAGCAAAAAAGUGUCUGAAAAAGAUACCAAAAACCGACGACGCUCAGCAGUACAAAGUACUACUCCUGGAUGACAAUGAACUGCAAAAGAUUGACAAUAUCGAUUCCUAUCUGAAAAUCGAGAAGCUCUCCCUGUGCAAAAAUCAAUUAUUGCGGAUGUAUGGAGUCUGUAGGUUACACUGCCUAAGGGAAUUGAACCUAUCAUACAACGGCAUUCUUACGAUUGAAGGAUUGAAAGACCUGAUCCAUCUAACGCAUCUGAAUUUGGAAGGAAACAAUAUUAAAACCAUUGAACACCUUAACACCAACAUCAACCUCGAAUAUCUCAACUUAUCAGAAAACAGUAUCGCAAUACUGUCUGAUAUUUCUUUUCUGAAAAAUUUGAAGGAUCUUUACUUGAACGGUAAUCGUGUUGCCCAUUUGAGGCAAUGCGACAAAUAUCUGCCACAGUCGUUGGAAACUCUAACGCUGGCCAAGAACAACAUUUCCGACCUGGAUGAAAUUUGCACUCUGAGUCAUUUGAACAAUCUUAACAGCAUUACGAUAGCUGACAAUCCAUGCGUUCAAAUGACGGGGAAUACAAUAGGAUUUGACUAUCGCCCAUUUGUCUUGAACUGGUGCAUGAGUGUGAAGAUAAUAGAUGGUUUUGUGGUAACAGCAAUCGAAAGUUUAAAAGCAGAAUGGUUGUACAGCCAAGGUAGAGGUCGUCAAUUUCGAAUUGGUGAUCAAACGGCACUGGCACGGUACCUAAGUACGGUGUGUCCAUUGUCUGGCGAAGCACUAGAAAAUGAAAAUGAACGAAAACUGCGGUUAAUUUUGAGCAAAGCUCAACAACAUCAACGUCAACUGCAAGAACAAAAUUCCAAUGGUGACGGUUCCAUUACUCCGGUCAAUAAUUCUCCCUCGUCAUUGAGACGCAAAGGACAAACCAGCCGAAUUCAAUCUCCUAGAGUAACUCGUCUAAGCGGGCGUCAACACUCGCCAGACACAAUGUCGAACAGCUAUCAUGGCAAUACUUCCGGUAGUUUGAUGACUUCCAGUCAGGUAGACACAUCUGGUGGUAGCCAAUUAUUCGAACUGACGAAAUCACUUAUUGACAAUAUUACUUCCGACAACAUUAUGUCCCAAAGCCUGGAUUCUAAUAUGCUGAAUAUAGGUAGCGCUGGGGGAAACUCAACAAAUAUCUCAAUGCAUGAAAGUAUCGUAUUGUCCAAACAAGCUAAUGCCAGCGCAGGAAAUUUUUAUAAUGAUCAACCACCAGUUACACCGGUAAUAAUGGGUGGCCCGCUGGCUGCCGCUUCGAAAAUGGUACCGGUUCCGGAAUCUUUGAUGAGCCCUGACUGCGGGCCGACUAAUUCUGCGGCUACAAUUGUACAGCGGAACAUGCAAAAUUGUGCAAACCAACCGCAGCCUCAAACUCCGCAGAUUCCAAAGGCGAUUAAAACCAAAGAAAACUCCCGAUCUGGUAGCAUUCCAACAGCCGGCACUGCAAAGAGCUCCAGCCCUCGGCCAGCAAAGCGGAAUACUUCAGCAAACAAUAGCACUAGUAACAGUGUGAGCAGUGAGCGCUCGUCCCCAUCACUUUCUCCUCGCAAAACUAUGAUCAAUAUCAGUAACAGCCAAUCGCGUGGUCAGUCGAACCAAUCAAAACAUACCAAUGCUACCCAAGCUACGCCUCCGGAAGGAGGUUCAAGUAACGCCGUUAGCUCCGAUGACGAAAGCGAAGCCAUCAAUAUUGAAAAACUCAAAACGAUUCGCAACAAGGCAGCACAGCAAAACAACCAUGUUAUUAUGGCUAAAGCUACCAAGGAAAAAGAAGUCAUAGAUGGUACGGCCACCAUCAAUAACAAAACCACCGAAAAUUCAGUCAUUCUCAUCCAGAAAAUUUGGCGCGGCUAUUUGAGUCGAAAACGAGGUCAGAGCAUUGCGGAAAUUUUACAAAAGAAACGAACUCAAGAUUACAUUUUAAAACUUACUAAAGAUAUGGAAAUGACCAAAACUGCACUGGAAAACGAGCGCAAAAUUCAACAGCUUCAGAUGCAAGCCAUUAAUGCCCUAUGGAAGAAAGUUUCCACCAUGCAACCCACUCAAACGGCGAACGGUACAACCGAUACGUUGAAGCUUGAUGUUAUCAAUAACGAAAACAGCUCCGUUUUAGUCGUUCAGGAUCUUACUAAGACUUGUUCGAUGCUAAUGAAUCAAGUGCAACAGUUGCAAAGCUCCGUAAGGGACAUAGUAAAUUGCAUGCAGUUUUUUGCCAAUUUGCCGCAACAAGGAGCACAAGCUACAUCGACGGGGGUCAAUUCCUCCAAUGAACAAGGAAGCACCCGCGACAGCUGCGAGACACAAACAGAAAUAGUAGCAGUUCAUACGCCACAGGUCGAACAGUUGCCGGCUUUCCCCUUCCGAACGGCGAGUGCAAGUAGUUCCUCGAGUAAGUUGGCUCGGCCUUCUUCUCUGCCGAUUAGCUCGUCGGAAACGUCACCAAAGAUUACCUCUCAGGAGGGCAAACCCAUUAUCGAAGAAGAGGAAACAGACGCACGAGAAGAACCCGGCGAAGAGAUGGUGGUUGAAAUUGAAGCCGACCCGGGGGACACCGAAGAGAACGACGACGGCGAACAGAAGGAACUGGAUGAAAAGGAGCUCGAAAUAAAGCAACAACCGCUGACGGUAACCGAAAACUAA